AUGGCGCGGGCGUCUGUGUUGGUGGUCCCUUCCCCUCCGAGGGACGUGGAGACAGUGGCCGGGGCGGACGACGGGGCUUCGGUCGCCGCCACCUCCCGAGAGGACUUCCGGGUGCGCUGCACCUCGAAGCGGGCCGUGACGGAAAUGCUAGAACUGUGCGGCCGCGUUGUGGAAAAGCUGGGGGACGCGCUACCAGAGGAGAUUCGGGAGCCUGCGCUGCGAGAUGUGCAGUGGACCUUUGAAUCAGCUGUGCAAGAGAAUGUCAGCAUUAAUGGGCAAGCAUGGCAGGAAGCUUCAGAUAGUUUUAUGGAUUCUGAUAUCAAAGUACUUGAAGAUCAGUUUGAUGAAAUCAUAGUAGAUAUAGCCACAAAACGUAAGCAGUAUCCCAGAAAGAUCCUUGAAUGUGUCAUCAAAACCAUAAAAGCAAAACAAGAAAUUCUGAAGCAGUACCACCCUGUUGUACAUCCAUUGGACCUAAAAUAUGACCCUGAUCCAGCCUCUCGUGUGGAAAAUUUGAAAUGCAGAGGAGAAACAAUAGCUAAAGAGAUCAGUGAAGCCAUGAAGUCCUUGCCUGCAUUAAUUGAACAAGGAAAUGGAUUUUCCCAAGUUUUAAAGAUGCAGCCUAUUAUCCAGCUCCAGAGAGUCCACCAAGAAGUCUUUUCCGCUUGUUACAAGCAACCAGAUGUUAAACCUGAGAGCUUUAUUACACAAAUAGAAACCACACCAACAGAGACUUCUACCAGGAAAGCCACUGAUGUGGUACUGAAAAGAAGGCAAACUAAAGACUGUCCCCAAAGAAAAUGGUAUCCGUUGCGGCCAAAGAGAAUUAAUCUUGACACCUCUUGA